CGCGCGUGCGCAGAGGGAAAGCGGAAUCUACACCUUCGCGGCCGGCCGUGGCAACUGUAGAACUGCAGGAGACAAUCUUUUCGGACGCGGCGGUUGAGGCGGAGCGGAGCUCGGAGGGGGCUGGCCCGGCGUGCACGCCGCACCUCGGGAACGUUGUUGCGCGUGGGUCGGCCGCUUUGGGAAGACUGCUGCCCAGAAGAAAAGAUGUUUGGUUUUCACAAGCCAAAGAUGUACCGUAGUAUAGAGGGCUGCUGUAUUUGCAGAGCUAAGUCCUCCAGUUCUCGAUUCACUGACAGUAAACGUUACGAAAAGGACUUCCAGAGCUGUUUUGGGUUGCAUGAGACUCGUUCAGGAGACAUCUGCAACGCCUGUGUUCUGCUUGUGAAAAGAUGGAAGAAGCUGCCGGCAGGAUCAAAAAAAAAUUGGAAUCAUGUGGUAGACGCAAGGGCAGGACCCAGUCUGAAGACUACACUGAAACCAAAGAAAGUGAAAACCCUGGCUGGAAACAGGAUAAAAAGCAACCAGAUCAGCAAACUGCAGAAGGAAUUUAAACGUCACAAUUCUGAUGCUCACAGUACCACCUCAAGUGCCUCCCCAGCUCAGUCUCCUUGCUACAGUAACCAGUCCGAUGAUGGCUCAGAUACAGAGAUGGCUUCUGGCUCUAACAGAACACCGGUGUUUUCCUUUUUAGAUCUUACAUACUGGAAAAGACAGAAAAUAUGUUGCGGGAUUAUCUAUAAAGGCCGCUUUGGCGAAGUUCUCAUCGACACACACCUCUUCAAGCCAUGCUGCAGCAAUAAGAAGGCGGCUGCAGAGAAGCCGGAGGAGCAGGGCCCUGCGCCGCUGCCCAUAUCCACUCAGGAGUGGUGACCGAGGUUCAUGUAGAAGGGGAACAGAAAUGAUUCAAAAGACCACAAAGCAACAAACUGAUCUCCUGUUUUUAACUUGGAUACCUGCUAUUCUGCCAAAAGACAUUUUCUAGAAUAGUUUUGAAUGAGUUAUUUUCCCCGGUCCCACCAAACUCUGAAGCCAGUGUCUAGCUUACUAAGAGAAAAGUGUACAUAAUAUUUAAGAUGCUGAGUAUUUCAUAGGAAAGCUGAAUGCUGCUGUAAAGUGCUCUUUAAGUCUUUUUUUUUUUAAAUCCCCUUCUAAUGAAUGAAAUAGGGGAAUUUCAGGGGACAGAGAUGGGAUUUGUUGUAUGAUAAACCCUAUGUAGUUGUAGUCUUUCUAUAUUGAGAAGCAGUGGUUGGGGCAGUUUUUAAGAUGGCUGGCUACACUUGUUUUCCCUCGUAAUAAAUUUGUCAUAACUAGGUAACAAACAGGACUGGCUCCUAGAGGUAGUUGCUAAUAACUGAAAUAUUAGGGUCUUGCCAAGGUUCUGAUGAUUCAAACCUGUACUACUGAUUAUUAAGCAGGACAGACUGAGCUUUCUGCUGCAAAUACCUUGAAGGAGGAAGUGGUUUUAAAAUCCACAGAGAACAGCCAGGUGUGGUGGUGGACGUCUGUAAUCCCAGCACUCAGGAGGCUGAGGCAGGAGCAUCGCUGAGAGUUCAAGGCCAGCCUGAGCAACAUAGCUCAAGACAUGCCUGCACUACAUACAAAGCGAGACACUGUCUCAAAAAAACACCACCCCACACAGGUAGCUUGGCUGUGUAUGUUGUAUUCUGUGUCACGUCCCUUCAGGUUAAUGUUCGGUAAAGACUACGUGAAACUGCAACUGCAAGCAGAAUCACCUCCCAGGGAGAUAGCAAGUCCGUAGGACAGGCAGGUCGCUCUGAGCAAUGUCAAAGCAUCGCCACACAGUGUUACAUGUCAGGCUGUGUGCAUGUCUUCAGGGUGGCACGAAACGAGUUCGUGCUUCUUGGACAUGUUUUUUAGAGGGCUUGCCGAGUGUGUAAAUAAUUGGCUUUGUUGUUACCUGACUGAUGACUUCACUGAAAUCUCCGCAAUUCAGUUUCAGCUCUGGAUUACUUCAGUUGACCUUUGUGAAGGUCUUAGUGGUGUAAAGUAGCUGACUUGUUCUGACUUACUAGGAUUUUUAGGGUUUGUUUUCACUCUUUUAAAGUAAAAUUUAGCAGAAGAAAAGAAGUGUGUGUUAAUGUUAAGCAGGUUGGUUUUGGUUUGGCUUCCUUCAUUCAGUUAAGUUUUUUGAACAUUGAGAUGAGCUUGAGCAUGGAGCUUUUUAAUUCUAAAAUGCUUAUUAGAAGCCUCUCACUUGAACCCAAACCAAAGUAUACUCUUUGCCUCUUUCUGAAAGUUCAGGAAGAAAAUAGCACCAGUUCAAACUUCUCAUAAUGAGGGAGGAGCAUUUGCUUGCCUUACAAUACUAACAUGACUCAGUGCUUUCUUUUAAAAUUGGAUUUUUAAAAUUGGAUAGUAUCGUAUUAAGGAGUAAGCCACUUUUUAUGGGCACCCUAAGGUUUUAUAGCUCUUAAUCUAAAGUUAACAUUUGAUGUUUCUUCCUUUUGGGAAAAACCCCAUGUACUCAUGCCAUUAGCAGUGAGGUGGUGGCUUUCCACGGCCUCCCAGGGUAUGACAAGGGUCCAGCCAUCACAUCCUCCUGAGUUGUUUUGAAAUGGUUUUCUUUUUUUUGUACAUUUUGGCUGCAGUAUUGGUGGUAGAAUAUACUAUAAUAUGGAUCAUCUCCACUUCUGUAUUUAUUUAUUUAUUACUAGCCCUCAACCACAGUCUUCUGUUUCCCCUUCCACCUCUCUUGCCUGUAGGAUGUACUGUAUGUAGUCAUGCACUUUGUAUUAAUAUAUUAGAAAUCUACAAAUCUGUUUUGUACUUUUUAUACUGUUGGAUACUUAUAAUCAAAACUUUUACUAGGAUAUUGAAUAAAUUUAGUCUUAUUAGAAAAUAAAA